UAGCAAUUUGUUUUAUAAUAUUUAGGUUGAUUAUGCUAUGCAGUGUGUAGCUGAAAACUUGGGAGAAAAAAUAAUUGAUAAAAAAGCUGGAGAUGAAGGAAUACCAUGGUUUAACAUGUUUUUAGAUAGAGGACUAAAAUGUACUUCAAAAAAUAAAAGUGAAAGACCAGAAAUGGCUCAGGUUCUUGAUCAUUUCAAAGAAUUUGAAAAUGCUGUAGAAAAGUUGAGAAGAUCAUCUAAUGACUUUAAUCAUCCACCCAAUUUAAAUCAGUUGAGUCCAUUAGAUCUUCAAUUGGUUCAUGAUAUCUUUCGAGAACAAAUACAACCAGAUAAAAAGCAGUCUCCUAUUCAAAUUGAUUUUUCAAAAUUACAAUUGCCUAAAAUGGAAAAUAUGGUUGUGAGAGGUCCACCAGCUUCCGAUAAUAUUAAUAUAUCAGAUAUCAAAGCCCCACCGGGUGACAAUUUUCUAGAGAAAAAGUGUUUUCUUUCACCAUUAAAGCAGCAACAGAAUUCGUCUAUGGCUGUGAUUGUGAAUACCAAUCAUAGUAAUAGUUGUCAAGCAGAAUUUCCUGCUAAUGGGAAUGUUGUAUUUACAUCAAAUCCUUCACUGCCUUUGGUAACUAUUCUAAAUCAACAAGGUAAUGUUACUAAUGAACUAGGUUCAGCACCAUCCGGAUCUUGUGUACUUAGUGAUAUGAACUUUUCAGAUAAAAUAGUAAAUGCAGAAAACACAUCAGAUAGCAAUGUUAAAAAUUUUCAAACAUCUCAGGCAAUUGGAGAUGAUGUUGAUAAUGAAGAAGAAAAUUAUUCAAAAAGCAAUUUGAAUAUUAAUGAAUAAUUUUCUAUUUUUUUAUAUUCCAUUAAAUUGCAUUUAUUUUAAAGUAUUUAUGAAUGUGACUAUUAUAAUUG